GCCACCAAAUUGUCUAGUUGUAAGUGGUGAAUUUGAUGGUAUGUGAUUUGCAUGCCAGUUUAAAAGGAGGAAGAUACGAAGAGUUCCUGAAACAGAAACAGCAUAAUAACAGCAUAACAGGCCAUGGGGGUGAGAGAAACCCAGCGGUAGAGAAUUGGCAGUACUUUAAGACUGGAUAUUGGCAAUGUCCAAAAUGAAAUAGAGUCUGAAGUUUCUAAUUUGUAUGACUGAAUUGAUAGGGAAAGAAAUUUUGGAAAAAGUGAGUUUGCAGAGACAUAAUGAAUUGUGUGAAAUGUUUUGAACGUGGAAUCAAGGCAGAGGCAAGGCUGGCAGCAAAACGGGCUGCCCGGGCAGAAGCAAGGGAUAUACGCAUGAGAGAACUGGAGCGACAACAAAAAGAGGAAGAUUCAGAAAGGGCCAGGUAUUCCCACCGGUCCAGUCAUCAUCGACCUUAUCUGGGAGUUGAGGAUGCGUUGUCCAUUCGAAGUCUUGGCAGUCACAGGAACCCAUCGAAGGACAUAACUGGGACACACUGGAGCAGAGCCAGUACACCCAAAAGGAAAGACAUCAUGGUGUGUAGUUCAGAAAAAUGUGCAGUGUUAAUAUUAUGCACUUUUACACUCAGAGUUCUGCGGGCUUGAGUAAUGGGUAUAUUCUAAUGGAAAUUGACACUUGCUGAACUUUGUUUCCACAAACAAAAAGUUGCUCUAUUUCUUUUAAUUUUAUUUCAAAUGAAGACUUUCAGGUAACUUUCUGUGAGAAUUAAACAAAUUCUUUCUGAUAGACUGUCAAAGAUUUGGAAAUGUUUUAGCUAGAGCCCUUAAUAUCUUCAGUUCUC